UGGUUCACUGUAGAUGUUCCAGAUGCUUUUCUUUCCCUUCAAAACGAAGGAUAAUAAAACGGCCUCGAGUCUUGACGUUCUUAAACCUGCCUGAGGACAUUCUAUUUCAUAUUCUGAAAGGCCUCCCUGCUGCAGACAUCCUCUCGGUCAGAGCCGUGCACUCACACCUUAAAUACCUUGUGGAUAAUCAUUCCAGUGUUUGGGCACAGGCAAGUUUCCAGGACAUGUGGCCUUCUCCAAACAACCUGAGGAUGUUUGAAAGGGCUGCUGAGAGUGGUAAUUUUGAAGCUGCUGUGAAGCUGAGCUUGGCAUACCUGUACAAUGAAGGCUUGUCCAUCUCAGGCCAUGGCCGUGUAGAAGUGAAUGGCAUAAAGGCAUCUCACUACUUCAGCUUGGUGGAGCACCUGAAUGUGUGUGCAGUGCCCUUUAUCUGGCUGUUCAUCCGUCCUCCCUGGUCCUACACUGGAAGCUGCUGUAAAGCUGUGGUCUACGAGAGCCUCAAAGCCGAGUGUCAGCUGGAGAAGGCUCAGAAAGGAGCUAUUCUCCACAGCUUGGCUAAAGUCUUGAAUUUCUUUGAGGAUGAAGGAAAAAAGAAAGAAUCCCUUGAAAUGCUUGAAGAAUCAUCAAAGCAGGGUUGUUUAAUCAGCUCCUACCUCCUUUGGGAAAACAACAGAGAGGCUGCCAUGUCAGAUCCUGGCAGAUAUCUCCAAAGUCUCAGGAAGCUGCGAGACUACGCAGCAAAGGGCUGCUGGGAAGCACAGAUAGCUUUAGCCAAAGCCUGUGGGAAUGGAAACCGGCUAGGAUUAGAUGCAAAAUCUUCCAGGGAAAUGGUGUCUCAAAUCUUUCAAGCUUCUCUUCCUAUCAGCAAGCAAAGCAUCUUCACUGUGCAGAAAGGAAUGAAUGAAAUAAUGAGGUAUAUCCUGGUGGAUUGGUUGGUGGAAGUGACUACCAUGAAGGACUUUUCUAGCCUGUGCCUUCACAUGACAGUUGGAUGUGUGGAUCGUUACCUGAAGCUGAGACCUGUACCUCGUGCUCGGCUCCAACUCUUGGGCAUAGCCUGCAUGGUCAUUUGCACACGACUGAUCAGCAAAGAGAUGCUGACGAUACGGGAAGCUGUGUGGCUGACAGACAACUCGUACAAGUAUGAGGAGUUGGUCAGAAUGAUGGGUGAGAUCAUUUCUGCCCUAGAAGGAAAGAUAAGGACACCCACCAUUUUGGACUACAAAGAAGUUCUGUCAAACACAGUCUCACUGGAGAGAAGAACUCUUCACCUUUACAGUUUCAUUUGUGAACUGUCCCUCUUAAACACGAGCCUGAGUGUGUAUUCCCCAGCCCAACUGGCUGCUGCCGCACUGCUGCUGGCGAAGAUACUGCACGGGCAAGCACACCCGUGGAGCAGCCAGCUGUCUGAUUGCACUGGUUUCUCUCUUGAAGACCUCUUGCCCUGUGUACUGAGCCUCCAUCAAAAGUGCUUCCAUGAUGAUGUCCCAAAGGAUUUCAGGCAGGUGUCUCUCAUGGCAGUGAAGCAGCGAUUUGAAGAUGAGCGUUAUGAAGAAAUAGGCAAGGAACAGGUGAUGAGUUACAGCCAGCUCUGCUCCCUGUUGGGUGUGAAACAGGAGGACCCAGAACCUAGUCCCUUGCACAGGAAUGUGGCAGAAAUUCAGACUUUCCUCAGCUCUCCCGCUGGAAAGAGAGCUAAAAGGAGGAGGGAAGAAAGCAUUCAGGAGGAUAGAGGCAGCUUUGUAACUACACCCACAGCAGAGCUGUCCUCCCAGGAAGAAAGUCUGCUGGACAACUUCCUUGACUGGAGUUUAGAUUCCUGCUCUGGGUAUGAAGGUGAUCAGGAAAGUGAAGGCGAGAGAGAAGGAGAUGUGACCAGCCCCAGUGGGAUUCUGAACAUGACGGUGCUGUACCUGGACCCUGCGGAGCACUGCGCUCAGGACUCCAGCGACGAUGACAGUCUGCCUGGAGAGUGGGCCAGGCCCGCAGCGCCCCGGGGGGAGGCAGAGCUGCCAGGGGUGCAGCUUAGCCCAACAGCCCCUAACCUAGAGGGGAGCUCGGGCUACUCCUCUGUCAACACUGCCAGUCCUGCAUCCUGCGUGGAAACCAGCCCUGGAGUUCCUCCCAAACCUACCUCAGCACUGCCCCGCGGCAGAGCUGUGACUCGGGAGCUGUGCCAGCCCCAACCCCUGCAGCGGAGGCAAGUCAAGCGAAAAAACAUGGCAGAGCACAGUGAAGAAGAAAGGCUGAACUUGGGUUUCUUAAGCCUCUGA